UUUAUUGGAUGUCGUCUCCCGUGUCCAAAAGUGUCUCCGUCAUUGAUUGGCCCACUGCACGUUCGAAGGGGUUCACGCGCUUCCGGUUAGUGUGGGAAACGUGUGGGAGAAGCUGAGUGAUGUGAGGAGUUAGUGAAGAUCGAACUGUCAUAUAGACAGUGGUGAAAAGCUCGUGGCUGCGAGAGGAGCGUGCGAUGCCUUGUCAGUCUUGUCAUAGUUGACUACCAUGACACGUUGGUGCGUUACGCACGAAGGAUGUCAACAAUUUAGAAAUCAAUAUGUGCACCAAAUCAGAGAGGGAGUAAUUCUCCUUUAGUGUGCACCGUAUAGCUUCAUUCUUGUCAUAUUUGGAUUCAAAUACACACAAACAAGUGGAAUUGGUUAGGAGCCUGCAUCGGCCCCUUUGCAACCAUUUUCAGUGAUGGAGGGGCAAAGGGAUGUACACAGCCCGGAGUUGAGUGAAGGGGAGAGCGUUUCUCCUUCUCCAAGUCUGCCUUCGCCGCCCAUCCUGCCUCUCCAAGCAGCGCAGCAGGCGCACAGAACCACCAACUUUUUUAUUGACAAUAUUCUACGGCCAGAUUUCGGCUGCAGGAAGGAGCAGGGCUUAGGUGCGAGGGAGAGGUCGCAGACUUCCAGCCGAGAGCGCGCCCACCCUUUGGUCGCCAGACCGAGUCAUCCUGGAACGCCAUGCCAGGAUUCCAAUUGCAGCAGCGACAGCACUUCUUCCUCCUCCUCGUCCUUGGCCUUGUCUCCAACCCCCAAAAAGAGCACCUCGUCCUCGAAAGCCAACGACAGCUCCGGAGGUAGCACGCCCAAGUUCGGCGAGAACACUUCUCCUGUUAUGGUUGUGAACGGCGUUAGCGGCGGCGCAGCGCCCUCCCCCGAGUCCCAACCGCUGCUGUGGCCUGCCUGGGUGUAUUGCACUAGAUACUCGGACAGGCCCUCAUCUGGCCCAAGGACACGGAAAUUGAAAAAGACGAAAAACGAAAAGGAAGACAAGCGACCCAGAACGGCGUUCACGGCUGAGCAGCUUCAAAGACUGAAGACGGAGUUCCAGGCCAACCGUUACAUUACGGAGCAGAGGAGACAGUCUCUAGCCCAGGAGCUCAACCUCAAUGAGUCACAAAUCAAAAUCUGGUUCCAGAACAAACGGGCCAAAAUCAAAAAGGCCAACGGCUAUAAGAACGGCCUGGCUCUCCAGCUCAUGGCGCAAGGAUUGUACAACCAUUCCACCACCACCAUUCAGGAAGACAAGGAGGAGAGUGACUGA